CCUCUUUCGUGGUGUGGUCCUUGGCGGCCUUGUUCCAUUCGCAGCAGGGCCGUUAAGUCCUCAAAACAGCAAGUUCCUGCCAAAGCCCAUGAGCCACCAAGAGAGCCAAGAGAUGAAAAGCAACAACUGCCAGGGUCUGCCAUCCAGAAUGCCAGACAAUACUGCGUUUCAACAGCAACAGUUGCCAGCCUGGAGACCUUCCCUCACGGCCAGGGCAGUCCUCCCUGGCUUCUUUACCACUGGAGUAUUCUUUCUCAGCAUGGGCAUCCUCCUCAUAUUAUCUGCGAAGAGUGUCAAGGAAAUUGAGAUUACAUAUACAGACAUAUGCUCAAAUUGUUCGAAACUGAGGGAAAAUGCCUCUAAUUUCUACAAAGAGUGUACCUGCUCAAUUUCUUUCUUCAUUCCAGAGAAAAUGCCAGGCAAUGUAUACAUGUACUAUAAACUGUACAACUUCUAUCAGAACUAUCGCCGAUAUAUUAUUUCCAGAAAUAAUCGCCAGCUUUUGGGAGAAGAUAUUACGAAUGUUGAGAACUGCGCUCCGUUCCAGAGGGUUUCCAAUGAUAUACCCAUCGCUCCUUGCGGUGCCAUUGCCAACAGCAUGUUCAAUGACACUAUUCUUCUGUCAUACUACCCUAACUCAUCUACAAGAAUCAACGUCCCACUACUCAGCAGUGAUAUUACAUGGUGGACUGAUAAGCAUGUCAAGUUUCAGAAUCCCAAGUCCAGUAACCUUGCCAGUGCAUUUGCAGGAACUGUCAAGCCUCCUUACUGGAGGAAGCCUGUUUAUCAGUUGGACCAAGGGAAUCCAGAAAACAAUGGUUUCCUCAACAGUGACUUCAUUGUCUGGAUGCGGGUAGCAGCCCUUCCCACUUUCAAAAAGCUAUACAGGCGCAUCCACAGAAUCCAGCAGUUUGCCGAUGGCCUCCCUGCCGGGAAUUACAGCCUAGACAUAUCCUACAACUUCCCUGUUACCCUAUUCAAAGGAGAAAAAGGAGUGGUCCUUUCCACAGUGAUGUGGAGUGGAGGGAAAAACUUCUUUCUAGGCAUUGCCUACACGACCACAGGAGCAGUGACGUGGCUGGCAGCCUUUUCCAUGACAGCAGUCCACUUAAAACUGAAAAAGAAGAAGGCAUUCUUCCAAUGUUAAAACUGGCCAAGGUCAAAGCAAAGAUGGAAAGGAACAAGACAAGGCAUAUGUUCAGACCUUCUAACACCUGAGUCAAAACCCCUGAAAAGAAUUGCAGUGACUGUUGUUCUAACCAGAGUGCACUGGAUUUAGUGACCAAGUUCCAAACCAGGCACAGGGUGCCCAAGAGAAAUAGAACUAUAUGAAAUACACAAUAAUUAUCUAUAUGCUUUCUAAUUUGGGAAUACAGAUUAAUCUUAAGUAGCACAUAUUGUAAUUUCAUUGAAAAAAUAUGAGUAAGCAAGGAUAAAUAUGACUAAAAUAUGAAUAAAUCUUAUGAAUAAAGUACAUUUUAAUACCUCUUUUCUUUACUCAGUUUCACUAGAAAGUUCCCAUAGUAAUGAAUUUGGUAAUUUAUAAACCAAAACAAUGGGUUAUGGUCAAGUAGAAUCAAAUGCCUCCUGAGAAUUAUGUUAAAUUGUGUGAGCUAGCCUCCUCUUUCAGAUAUUUGAAGCCAUUAUGCCUAA